AUGGCCGAAAAAGAUCUACAUAUGGUAACAGGAGAUGGAAUGGAAGAGAUAAAUGAAAAGUUGUCAGCAACUAUUGCCCCAGUGUAUAUCAUGUGUUUGGGGCGCGGUUCUUUAAACUUGACUGUUGGCAUUCAAUGCAAAGCAGCAGCACGCUUUCCGACAGACUUGCUAGAUAAAAAGUACAAGAUCAAGCGUUAUUUUGAUAUCAAUCUAUUCCCAACUAGCGUCUAUCAUACUACUGAACUACCUCUAGCGGGAUUUUUACAGCGGUUUUUUUCACAAACAGCACUCGAUUCUAUUCGACCCCCACAAACAGUUGAACUUUCCAAACUCCAUUCAAUGGAGCAAUAUAAUCACAUGAAAAACAUUUCAAAUGCAUCAGAGGCUAUACAGCCUUCUCGACAAACAUUUACCACCCGCAAGCGUCAGACUCAAUCAUGCGACAGAUGCAAAAGUAAGAAAAGACGGUGCAAUGGUGAAUAUCCUUGCGGAAACUGUGUCAAAGCAAACACUGAUUGUACGAUGCUCAUUGAGCAAAAGAAAAGAGGUCCUAAACGGAUAUCCGAUGAUUCCGCGGAGCUUUCCUACUCCGUAGGUAGAGCCAAUGCCGAAAAGGCUAGAAACUCUGCACUGGACUACUCGUUAUCGGACACAGUUUUAUUAUCUGGUAAUGGCGCGAUGGUCACUGCUGCAGGUGUUGAUAGUUCAUCUUUACAAAACCUGAAAUCUACAAAGCGUGCUCGCCAUUCCACUGAUACAGACUAUACAUUGCCGAUAAGAGCGUUGUCCGGAUCAUCUGAAAAUCGAGAGGAUCCUCUGUCACACAUGGGACAACAUCAGCCAUCUCAUCUCUAUUCACAGCAACAAUUUCAACUGCCUUUGCACUCUAACCAAGGAUAUACUUUACCAACUUCAAACCAUCCAAGCUACAGACUUUCAAACCAUCAAUUUCAUGCACUGACAGAUAACCAGGUGUCUCGGGACAUGAGUGGUGCAUCUUUAUCUGAAAUAGGUGUGCCUAAUGGAGCCGACUCUAUUUCGGCAGCUAUUCAGCCAAAUCAACUGUCAUUUAACCCUGCAUCAUUGAAUUCAAUAACCAUGCCAUCUGGAAAUGGAUUUCGGUCUCCAUUACUCUCGUUGGAUUCACAUCCAACCGUACCGCCACUUCAUAAUUCACAAUCACAGUUUCAACUAUUACAGCUUCGUCAAAAUCAACUACAACAACAAGAGUUGCAGAAUCGCAACUUGCAAGGUGUGUCCCAAUCACAAUUAUCUCACUUGUCACAAUCUAAUCUUCACACGCCAGCAAGUGUUUCUCAAGGCAUGACCACGCAGCCUGUAUUUGAUAUUCCUGCAUCGACAAAUCGAAAUUUAGAGUCGAACCUUUCACUAGACCCAUCCCAGUUGCAAUCCAUCAGUAUUCAAAACAUGCUUGGCGGUAAUUACCUCAAGUCUAGCACAUUCAACUCUCAGGAGUACAUUCCGAAUAGCAAUCCUGAUUUCAAUAAUUCUAGUCAAAUUCAGAUUGAUCCUGAAGUGUUGAAUCUUUAUGCCCAACUCAAUCCAAAAAUGUCUGUAGAUCUCAAUACACUUCUAGUAUCGCCUUCAACAGAUGGCAGUGUCCCAAGCGCUGAUUUAUCAUUUAACAUUGAAUCACUACUUUACGGACCUGUGAAUCUUACACUCGCCGAAUUUCCCAAUCUUCCAUCCGAAUUUUUUCUCCAUCUUAUAUCAAUGUUUUUCACCUACUAUCAUCCUACCUUUCCAAUCAUUCACGAAACACCUUUUUUUGAAAAUCUUAUUCCAAUCAACAAACACCAUCAAAUGUUACUCAAUGCUAUAUAUGCCAUUGGAUGCCACUACUCGCAAAACUCGUUGUUAUAUCAGACACCGUUUUAUUCUCCCCAGCGUGCUAGUGAGUACUUUAUGGAUCGUGCCUUUGCUGCAGUCCCUCCUCCAGAAAGCAAGCACUUUACUUCACCUGAAUCGCUUGCCAUAUGCCAAGCAGCCAUUUUGCUAACAUCAUGCGAUUACUCUUUGAAGCGGUGUCGUACCUGGACAACGAUUGGCAUGGGUUGUCGUCUUGCAGAAAAGUAUGAGCUGUAUUACUCCAAAAGUCUUCCCGAUUUUUUUUCGCUUUAUAAUGGCAGUCGCAAGACUUGUGUGCCAGUUAGUCUGCAGGAACGCAAGCGGGUUUGGUGGGUCACCUUGCUUGCAGACUUGUUUGUAUCGCUAUCUACCGGAAUUCCGCUGCAGCUUGGCGAAGCCGAAUAUGUGGAUACCAUGCUAGAUACUACAACUCUGAUUGACCGUGUUUCGCCAAAAUUGGCAAACGGGCAGAGUCCAAUAGGUGAUUGUAACGACAAUGCGACUCAAAAGGUGGCCGAUCCUGAAAAAUGGAAACCUUUUUUUUCUGGAUUUCCAAAAGAUACUGUGUUUGGGCCAACCGAUUUGACUUCUGAUCGCUGGACUAAACAGUCUCUAGGAUUUUUCCAAGUCAAUCAUUUAUUUAGCAACCUGGACGAAUCGAUGCACAUUAUCCAACUAUCAUACAUUGUUCGACGUAUUGUUCGUUCCUUGCACGCUCCUGCAUUGCCUAAAUCUACAAAGCUAAACGGCCAUACUGCACCUGCUCUUCAGAGUUUGUCCAACACAGGCGACGAUAUGCAGAGUUUACAUACUAGUUUGCUUGUUUGGUACGAAGGCCUGCCACUUCAUUUUCGACUAUUUCAUAGCCUUGAAGCCACUACUACUAUAGAUGUUCAAGGUCUGGCCAAAUUCUGCUCCAUCAAAGAGGGUCGGCGUGUAUGCGGUAUGAUGGUAAUGCUUAAUCUUUUGCUUUUCUCGGCAUUUGCUUUGCUUCAUCAACGAAACGCAGAGUCUACAGCCAUUUCAUUUGAUAACGCAGAUGAAACUGACGAGCCUGUAGAAAAAUAUAUUGGUUUACAGCCUGGCCAGCAGCUUUUUUCGAUAUCUACAUCACAAAUCAGUCACAAGAAAUAUCAAAGUCAUCAGAUUAUUGCAUUCAUGUACAAAGCCCAGUGUCAUCUCUUGAAAUCUGUAUACGGAUCUGGGCUGUCCACAUCGUCAACCACUACUCCUCCAUCUGAAAUAGUAUGUUCCCCAAUGAUUGCAACACUCAUGAUGCCCAUUGCCGUGGCUCUUAUGUGCCAAAAGGGAUAUGCUAGACGGCUUGUCUUUCCUCUCACAGGCGUGUCCACGAUUGAUAUGACUACUGAAACCGGAAUGUUUUUAAGCGGAAUUGAUCCGCUGGAUGCCGUGAUUCUACCCGUUUUGAAAAGCAUUUCACAAGUUUGGUCUGCUGCAACUGACCAUGCGACUACUUUGCGAACCCUGUCUGAAAAGAUUGUCAACCACGUGGCUACUAUGCCUAAACACCAAAAUGCAGUUUCUUCGGUACAUCCUAAAACCGAUUCGUGGUUUGAAGUUUUCCAAACAGGCAUCUUCACACUCGGUCCCAGCCUCACAAAUGAAUUGAGUCGCACCAAUGAACCAGCAACAUCCAGUGCACCUGCAAAUCCAAAUCACGCUUCAUUGAGUAUAGCUGCUUCACCCAAAAAUACUAUGUUUAGACCAACCAUGCUUUCUACUGACACACAAAAAAGCCACCAGUACUCACACGCUGCCAACUCUACAAACCAAUACUCGAGUAUACCAAAGCAACAGUCUGGCCCGCAGCAAGGAAUUUUUGGAAGUAUCGAAUUUUCACAACAGAGGAUUGAUCCGGUUGUGGUGAGAUUGUUGAAUCAGUCAAAUGCUUCAGCCCAACAGGGCUACGUGAACACACAUUCUUCCUUUGUUACCCCUACUGGCCAUUCAUUUUCCUCUCUCAAUAUUCCUGGUGCUACCCAUGCUGUCAAUUACGCAAAUAUCGGCCAAAAAGAAUAUACACAAAUGCCCAUAAGCAACCAAUUAAUUGAAGACCGGCAAGGUGUUCAAAGAUCAUGGCAUGACUUGAGAUCGGAGUUUGAGGAUGAGUUUUUAUUAUGA